UUUUGACUUCCUAGAAGAGACCCCCAGGUAGAGUGGUACACUAGCUGCUACUAGUGCACCCAAGCCUGGGAAUCAGGAGAAGCCUCACAGUGACACCCUCAACUGAGGAAACUCACGGAGCUGCAGGUAGAGCUGGGACAUACUCUACUUCUUUGACAAAAAUAUACUGACUAGAGUGGAAUCCCCCUGGGGAGUCAGAAAGCCUGAGAAAGAUCUCACUUGUUUGAAAGUUCAAGUGUGAAUUACUCCCUCACAGAUAAACCAAAGUAUUUUGAAAAACAAAGGGGAGAAAAGAAAUUACUCCCCAGCGCUCUCAGGCAUCUAGAGGACACCUAAGAACUUGGGAGUCAGCUACUUCUUGUGUGCAGCCAUGAAGUCUGCGCACUCCGAUCCCCAGAACACAAGUCAUACCAUCAUGACUUUUUACCCGACCAUAGAAGAAUUUACAGAUUUCAACAAAUAUGUUGCUUACAUGGAGUCCCAAGGCGCACAUCAAGCUGGCCUUGCCAAGGUAAUUCCACCCAAGGAAUGGAAAGCCAGACAGAUGUAUGAUGAUAUCGGAGACAUCUUAAUAGCCACUCCCCUCCAGCAGGUGACCUCUGGACAGGCAGGGGUGUUUACUCAAUACCAUAAAAAGAAGAAAGCCAUGAGGGUGGCGGAGUAUCGCCACUUGGCAAACAGUAAAAAAUAUCAGACUCCACUACACCGGAAUUUUAGAGAUUUGGAGCGACAAUACUGGAAGAGCCACCCUGGUAAUUCAGCAAUUUAUGGUGCUGAUAUUAGUGGCUCCUUGUUUGAAGAAAACACUAAACAGUGGAACCUACGACACCUGGGAACAAUUCUGGACCUGCUGGAGCAGGAAUGUGGGGUUGUCAUUGAGGGUGUCAACACACCCUACCUAUACUUUGGCAUGUGGAAGACCACAUUCGCUUGGCACACAGAGGACAUGGACCUUUACAGCAUCAACUACCUGCACCUUGGGGAGCCCAAAACAUGGUAUGCAGUGCCCCCAGAACAUAGUCAGCGCCUGGAACGUCUGGCCAGGGAGCUCUUCCCGGACACUUCUCGGGGCUGUGAGGGCUUCCUGCGGCACAAGGUGGCCCUCAUCUCGCCAACAGUUCUCAAAAAGAAUGGGAUCCCCUUCAAUCGCAUGACUCAGGAGGCUGGGGAGUUCAUGGUGACCUUUCCCUAUGGCUACCACGCUGGCUUCAACCAUGGCUUCAACUGCGCAGAGGCCAUCAAUUUUGCCACUCCACGAUGGAUUGAUUAUGGCAAAGUAGCUUCACAGUGUAGCUGUGGGGAGGCGAGGGUGACCUUUUCCAUGGACGCCUUCGUGCGCAUUGUGCAACCCGAGAGUUAUGAGCUCUGGAAACACAGGCAAGACUUGGCCAUUGUGGAUCACACAGAGCCCGGGGUUGCAAAAAGCCAAGAGCUGAGCAACUGGAGAGAUGAUAUAGUACUUAGAAGAGCUGCUCUGGGCCUGAGGCUUCUCCCAAACCUCACAGCCCGGUGUCCCACACAGCCUGUGUCCCCAGGGCACUGUUACAACCCAAAAGGUUGUGGCACUGAUGCUGUGCCUGGAUCUGCAUUCCAAAGCUCUGCAUAUCAUACCCAGACCCAGUCACUUACCCUGGGGAAAUCAGCCCAGGUUCUUCUCCCUUCCACUGGAAGCUGGGGUUCUUGUGGUCGUGGUCGUGGUCGUGGUCGUGGUCGUGGUCGUUGUCCUCGAGAACUGGGGACGGACCUCUCCCGACAGCCUGAGGCGCGUGUUCGAGAAGUACGGGCGCGUGGGCGACGUGUAUAUCCCGCGGGAGCACCACACCAAGGCGCCCCGGGGCUUCGCCUUCGUCCGCUUUCACAACCGGCGCGACGCGGAAGACGCCGAGGACGCCAUGGACGGGGCGGAGCUGGAUGGACGCGAGCUGCGGGUGCAGAUGGCGCGCUAUGGCCGCCGGGACUUGCCCCGCAGCCGCCAGGAAGAGCCGCGCGGCAGGUCCGGAGGCGGCCGCUCCGGACUGCGGAGCCGCAGCCCCAGGCGGCGACACCGCAGCCGAUCCCGGGGUCCCAGCUGCUCUAGGUCCCGCAGCAGAUCUCACUAUGGGGGGUCUCGCUAUAGCCGGUCUCCCUACAGCCGAUCUCCCUUCAGGAGAUCUCGCUACAGCCGAUCUCCCUACAGACGAUCUCAUUGCAGAGGAUCUCGCUACAGUCAAUCUUACAGCCGGCAUCACUACAGCCGAUCUCCCUACAGGGAAUCUCGCUACAGGAGGUCUCCCUACAUCCGGUCUUCCCGCAACAGGUCUCUGUACAACCGCUCUCACUCGAAGUCUGGGUCUGGCUCUCGCUCUCCAUCAACCUCCAAAUCCAGCUCUGUGCGAAGAUCCAAGUCCUCCUCCAUCUCCAGAUCUUGCUCAAGGUCCAGGUCUAGAUCUACGUCCCGGAGUACUACCCCCAUAUCCAAGAGGA